AUGACAAGAAAUGAGAAACAUGUGGUCGUAAUUCUCCAUUGUCGUCUUCUCGAAUUUCCCUGCACAUUUGGAACUUCUUCACGACUAUUCUACCUCAUGCUUGCACGCAAACUCCUCUCUCUUUCUCUCUCCUCAAUUCCCAAACUCAAUCCUCCAUUUUCAUGAAAUUCCACUAAAACUUCACCUUUUCUUCAGUCAAUAAUCCCAACAAUGGCGUUAUUUUCUCUCUCUACCACGACCCCUACUCCAACUUCUCUCACUAAAACCUUCUCUGCCCUCCCCUUUCUCACUCCUCACCCCCGCAAAACCCAGAUCACCCACUCUUCCUCUUCAAGAAGAUUCUCGAAGCUUCCGUUACUACGAGUCAGUGCCCCAUCGCAAACAAUUAGCUCUUCUGAAGAGGAAGUCCUCGACUUCUCAGACGACGUCAUUUCUCCAGAAACUGAAGAAACAGAGGAAUCGUCGAAGUUCACAUGGCGGGAUCAUUGGUACCCAGUCUCUCUCCUCGAAGACCUCGAUGCUCGUGUCCCUACCCCUUUCCAACUGCUUGGGCGCGACGUCGUAUUGUGGUUUGAGAAAUCGAGUAAUCAAUGGGUUGCUUUUGAUGACAAAUGCCCACACCGUCUCGCUCCUCUAUCCGAAGGGAGGAUAGAUGAGAACGGGGAUUUGCAGUGUUCGUAUCAUGGUUGGUCUUUUAAUGGGGGUGGGGCGUGUACUCGGAUUCCGCAAGCCCGAUCAGAGGGUCCGGAAGCUCGGGCCGUGAAGUCGCCUAGAGCCUGUGCCACUAGGUUCCCGACUAUGGUGUCUCAAGGCUUGCUCUUUGUUUGGCCUGAUGAGAAUGGGUGGGAGAGAGCUAGUGCCACUCAACCUCCUAGGUUGCCAGAUGACUUUGAUAAGCCUGAGUUUGCUACAGUAUCGAUCCAGCGUGAUUUGUAUUACGGUUAUGACACUUUGAUGGAGAAUGUCGCUGAUCCCUCGCACAUCGACUUUGCUCAUCACAAGGUUACAGGAAGGAGGGACAGGGCCAAGCCUUUGCCAUUCAAGGUUGAAUCUAGUGGUUCUUGGGGCUUUACUGGAGCCAAUGAUGGUAACCCAAAAAUAAGUUCUGAUUUUAUCGCACCUUGUUACUAUAUGAAUAAGAUAGAGAUAGAUACAAAGCUUCCUAUAGUUGGUGACCAGAAUUGGACGAUAUGGAUAUGCUCCUUCAACAUACCAAUGGCACCUGGCAAGACACGUUCAAUUGUUUGUAGUGCUCGUAACUUUUUCCAGUUGACAGUGCCGGGCACUUCUUGGUGGCAGGUGGUUCCAAGAUGGCAUGAACAUUGGACGUCAAACAAAGUGUAUGACGGAGAUAUGAUUGUGCUUCAGGGUCAAGAAAAAGUCUUCCUUUCUAAAUCAACAGAGGAUUCUGAAGAUAUUAAUGCCCAAUAUACGAAAAUAACAUUCACACCAACUCAGGCAGAUCGUUUUGUUUUAGCGUUUCGUAACUGGCUGAGACGGCAUGGCAAUGGGCAACCUGAAUGGUUUGGUACCGUAAGCCAACAACCACUACCAUCAUUAGUUUUGUCUAAACGCCAGAUGCUGGAUAGAUUCGAGCAGCACACCCAGAAGUGUUCAUCAUGUAAAGGAGCUUACGAGGCUUUCCAAACUUGGCAGAAAAUACUGAUAGCAACAGCCAUCAUAUUUGCUGCAACAGCAGGCAUUCCUUCAGCAUUGCAGUUGCGAUUAAUCUUAAGUGGGCUUGCGAUUAUUAGUGCUGCUGGUGCUUAUACUUUGUAUGAGCUUCAGAAGAACUUUGUGUUUGUUGAUUAUGUACACGCUGACAUUGACUAGUGCUGUUACGCCAGCAGUCAGCAGAGAGAGAGUCACAUUUCCGUAUAGCCAUUCAUAGGUAGGUUUCCCAAACUAUUCUUUGCCAUUAAUGUUUACGCGAUGUAGAUAGUUUUGCCGUUGUUGUACUGUUAUAAGUGCGGAGAAUUAAUUGGUAGAAGGAAAGUAUGUCAAAUUUUUGUACUGAAA